AUGGCGCCAGAAACCCCUGCUCGUUCCAGCACUGAAGGAGCACGAAAGGCUUCGCUACCACCUCCUACGUUCCACCCUAGCCUGUGGGGUGGUUUCUUCCUCACUUACAAACCGCCCACUGCCCCUCAGUGUGCAUGCAUGGAAGAAAAGGCUGAAGUGCUGAAAGAAGAAGUUAGGAAGAUAGUAAAGAACACACAUGAAUUAUCAAAAUUAUUGGAUCUUAUAAUGACAUUACAACGGCUCGGGCUGGAUAUCUACUAUGAGAACGACAUCAACGAGCUGCUCCACAGUGUCUACAAGUCUGAUUACAAUGAGGAAGAUCUACAUUUAGUUUCACUCCGAUUUUAUCUUCUGCGGACGAAUGGAUAUGAUGUAUCAGCUGAUGUAUUCCUUCGUUUCAAAGAUGAUGAAGGGAAUUUUAUGUUCGACGAUACAAGAAGUAUUCUGAGCUUAUAUAAUGCAGCAUACCUUAGGACACAUGGAGAAAGGGUGCUCGAUGAGGCCAUAAUAUUCACAACAAGCCACCUAGAAGGUGUAUUACAACAAUCAUCACCACUAGCAAAUGAAAUAUCUUUAGCCCUUGAAACACCUCUUUUCCGAAGGGCUCGCAUAGUAGAAAUGAGAAGCUGCAUCCAUAUUUAUGAUAAUGAUGCUACCAAAAAUGAUGCCAUGUUGGAGUUCGCAAAAUUGAAUUUCAAUCUUCUGCAACUUCUAUAUUGUGAGGAGUUAAACAAAAUCACACUUUGGUGGAAGGAGCUCCAUGACGAAUCAAAGUUAGGAUUUUCUAGAGAUAGAAUAGUGGAAAUGUAUUUUUGGAUGAAUGGAGCAUGUUAUGAACCUCAAUAUUCUAACUCCCGGAUAAUACUUACAAAGAUUACAGCAUUUAUGACCAUACUAGAUGAUAUCUUUGACACAUAUGGUACCACCGAAGAGAGCAUGCAACUUGCCGAAGCAAUCAACAGGUGGAAUGGAAGUGCAACAGAACUGCUUCCAUCAUACAUCAAGGGAUUCUACUUAUAUUUAUUGAAGACAUUUGAUUCAUUUGAGUAUGAACUAGGCCCUGGUAAAAGCCACCAUGUGCAUUAUCUAAAAGAAGCGUUGAUGCGAUUAGUCCAAGCAUACACGGAGGAGCUAAAAUGGCGUGACGGAAAUUAUGUGCCAAAAACACUGGAUGAACAUCUCGGGGUUUCGGCGAGAAGCAGCGGAGGCUUCACACUAGCGUCUGCUUCAUUAUUUGCUGGAGUAGGUGGCAUAGCUACAACAGACACGUUCGAGUGGAUUCUGAACUAUCCACAACUCUUCAAGACAUUUGAUAUGUUUGUGCGGUUCUCCAAUGACAUCGUAUCAAGCCAGCGUGAGCAAGUCGGGGACCACUACGCCUCUACGAUCCAGUGCUACAUGGAAGAGCACGGUGCGACGCUGAAGGAUGCCCUCAAGAAGAUAAAAGACCACGUCGAGGACUCAUGGAAGGACAUGGUGCGACAUUGUGUCACGUCGACAGAGCAGCAGCAGCCGCUGGCCGUGCCGUGGACAGUCGUCAACUUCGCGAGGACGGUGAAUAACAUGUACAAGCGCGGUGACGCCUUCACUUCCUCGCACGAGAUCAAGGAGAUGAUCACGUUGCUCUACGUGGAACCAAUUUAUUAA